AGUCUAUUCAAUUAUUAAUAAACUCCACCUAAGUAUAAGAAUAUGGAGUAUGAAAGAAGAAGGAAUCAUAUCCUCACAAAUAAUAAAAAUGAUGGGUUUUGGGAUAAGUAGUCGCAUUUUGAUCAUGGCCAUAGUGUUGAUGAAAGCAGCAGAAGCAAGCAUGAGCAGAGAGAUGCAGGCAUUGAUGAAUUUUGGGUGGCCUCACAACUCCACAACUCAUCACUGCAAUUGGACUGGCAUUACUUGUGAUGAUGCUGCUCAUGUUGCGGCGAUGAGCCUCCAAGUUUGCUCUUAUACUACUCUUCUUAGUUUAAACCAUUUUGAUGUGUUUGCUUUUCCACAUCUCACUAGAAUUCAUCUCACCUCAUAUUGUCUCAAAGGAACCAUUCCGCCUGAGAUAGGAAGCUUAUCCAAACUAGCUCAUCUCAAUUUGUCAUACAAUGAACUCAACACUCAUCUGCCUCUCUCACUUGCAAAUCUCACUAACUUACAUGUGCUUGACCUUUCUUAUAACAGCAUUGUCGGUGUCAUUCCGCCUGAGAUAGGAAGUUUAUCCAAACUAACUUAUCUCAAUUUGUGUCACAAUCCUCUAAAUGGUGAAUUGCCUGUGUCACUUGCAAAUCUCACUGAAUUGCAGAUACUUGACAUUUCUCAUAGUCGUCGGAGUUAUGACAUAAAUGGCAUUUAUGGUGUCAUUCCGCCUGAGAUAGGAAGCUUAUCCAAACUAACUCAUCUCGAUUUGUCAGUCAAUAGACUCUACGGUGAUCUGCCUCUCUCACUUUCAAAUCUCACUAACUUACAGUUGCUUGACAUUUCUGAAAACAACAUUUCCAGUGCCAUUCCGUCGGGAAUAGGUUACCUCCAGCAAUUGAUUGUUCUUGAUUUGAGCUACAACAGCAUCAGUGGCUCUCUGCCCUCAACUAUGAUCCAAUUAACAAGAUUGGAAUUCUUGAAAUUGGACUUCAAUAAGUUGGUAGGUGUUUUUGAGGCAGGACUACAAAUGCUUCCUUCAAUUAAAGCAAUAGGCCUCAGUUGGAAUACAAUCGAAGGAAGGAUACCUUUUGAGUUUGGAGAUGCUGCUAAUGCACAGUUCUUGAAUAUCGAUCUGUCUCAUAACCAUCUUUGUGGUAGAGUUCCCGAAUCUCUUUCGCAUUUGGAUCGAAUCGAUCUGUCCUACAAUCGUUUAGAAGGUCGAAUUCCACUAGACAUCUGGCGUAAAUUUCCAGAGGAAUCGUUCUUCGGAAAUUCAGAGUUGCAUCCUCCAAAUGAAGCCAAAUAUCCUCGAAAUGCUGUUAUUGCUGUCGUGACAGUAUUUGGAUGUGUGUUUUUGUUUUCAUCAGGUUUGAUUCUAACCUUUUACUUAAGAAGGAAAGCAGCCUCUGCAGCCACACCUCAUGAUGACCAGAGACAUGGAGACAUAUUCAAGAUAUGGAACUUCGAUGGAAACAUCGCCCAUCAAGACAUCAUCCAAGCAACAGCAGACUUCGAUUUCGGGUACUGCAUUGGAACUGGAGCUUACGGGAGCGUCUACAGAGCUCAACUGCCAACUGGAAGAGUCGUUGCUGUUAAAAAGCUUCACAGAUUCGAAGGAGAGAAUCCUAGUUACGACAUGUGUUUCAGGAAUGAGGCAAGGGUGCUCUCUGAGAUACGCCAUCGCCAUAUUGUCAGGCUUUUCGGUUAUUGCCUGCACAAGCGGAGCAUGUUCCUCAUCUACGACUACAUGGAAAGAGGAAGCCUGUUUAGUGUGUUGAAGGACGAGAGCGAAGCCGUGGAGUUAGAUUGGAAGAAGAGGGUGAAUGUGGUGAAGGGCAUUGCAAAUGCACUAUCUUACAUGCAUCACGAUUGCACGCCGCCAAUUCUGCAUAGAGACAUUUCGAGCAGCAACAUACUGUUGGAUUCGGAGUUUGAAGGUUGUUUAUCUGAUUUUGGAACAGCUAGAUUGUUGGAUCCAGACUCAUCCAAUCAGACUCUACUAGUCGGAACUCGCGGCUAUAUCGCACCAGAACUAGCCUUUACCAUGGUGGUUACAGAGAAAUGCGAUGUGUACAGCUUCGGAGUUUUGGCACUGGAAAUCGUGUGUGGGGACCACCCAGGGGAUUUCGUAUACUCCGUGACCACGAUGAAGGGAUCAUCCUCAUCCGCACCGUUUGCUCGAAACUUGAUGGUGCAACAACUCCUGGACAAGAGACUAGCAUCUCCAGAUGAAGAUGUAAGAGUGUCCAGGGAAAUUGUUGGAGUGGUGAAAAUAGCUCUCAAAUGCGUAAGUUCUGAUCCGAAAUCGCGGCCGUCUAUGAAGGAGGUGUCUCAGGAACUCGCUGCGAACCCGCCACGCUUGUCGAUGCCCUUUCGCUCCAUAUCAGUGCUGCAGCUGAUGCAUUCAGAUUGAGCUCACAGCUGCUUUUUUUAACUAAUAAUUAGCUUAAAGAUAGAUGUUGAAGUACUU